AUGCUCGCCAACAGGCUGACAUCUGAUAAUACUCCUAAGCCAUGGAAGAUCACUGCUAAUAACCGUACAGGAAAGUUUUACUCAUCAAACUACCAGUAUGUCCUAGCCUUUGUUUUUGCCAUUGAAGAGAUCAACAGGAACCCCUACCUUUUACCCAACAUAUCCCUAGGAUUUGAUCUCUACAAUGCAUUGCACAGUGAGAAACGGACUUUGGAAAGUUGCCUGAUGUGGUUGUCUGGACUAGGCAAGGUGAUCCCUAACUAUUCCUGUGUGAGAGAGGGCAAGUCUGUGGCAGUUACUGUAGGAACCACGUGGGCGAUUUCAGCUCAGAUGGGAACAUUACUGGAACUCUACAAAUAUCCACAGCUCACUUAUGGCUCUUUUGAUCCCAUCCUGAGUGACAGGAGCCAGUUUCCAUCUAUCUAUCAGAUGGCCCCCAGAAACACAGCCCUGGCCCUUGGCAUGGUCCGGCUAAUGCUACAUUUUGGGUGGACCUGGGUUGGACUGGCUAUUUCAGAAGACAUGAAGGGUAUUCAGUUUCUCUGGGACUUAACAGGAGAGAUGGACAAGAAUGGCAUCUGUGUGGCCUUUGUGGAAAUGAUUCCUAUCACUGAGAGGGCCUAUUUCUCAUUGGCCUGGCAAUACCACUACAGAAUACGAGAUUCCUCAGCAAAUGUGGUGGUCAUUUAUGGUGACUCGGACUCACUUCUAGGACUAAGUUUUUCAACGUGGAACAUUCUGAUGACAGGGAAAGUCUGGAUCACUACGUCACAGUGGGAUUUUGUCUUUUCUGACAGUUAUUCCCUGUUGGACUCAUUCCAUGGGACUCUGACUUUUUCACAAUCCCAUAAGGAGAUCCCAGGUUUCAAGCAGUUUCUUCAGGGGGUUAACCCUGCUAAAUACCCACAAGACUUUUAUCUUGCUAAAUUGUGGUUCCUGCAUUUCCAUUGCUUGCUUUCUGAGACUGACUGUGGAAAAUUGGAGAGCUGUCCCCCAAAUGUCUCUUUGGAGUCUCUCCCUUUGCAUACCUUUCAUAUGACCACAUCUGAUGGGAGCUACUAUGUAUACAAUGCUGUGCAUGCUGUGGCCCAAACCCUUCAUGAACUUCUUUUUCAUCUGUCAGAAAUGCAAUCACCUGGACAUGGAGAGAAGCCAGUGGUUCACCCUUGGCAGCUCCACUCCAUUCUGAAGAGAGUGCAGUUUAACAACAGUGCUGGCGACCAGAUAAUUUUAGACCAACAAGCAACCCCUGUGGAAGAAUACGAUAUCCUCAACUUCUGGAAUUUUCCUGAUGGACUUGGGCUUCAAGUGAGAGUAGGACAUUUUGUCCCACUGGCUCCACGUGAUCAAGAUUUUUCCAUACAUGAAGAGUUGAUAGAUUGGGCUUUUGAGUUUAAAGAGACUCCUCGCUCUUUGUGCAGCAAGAACUGUGGCCCUGGAUUCAGGCAAAGUCCUCAGGAGGGAAAGGCUGCCUGCUGUUUUGAAUGCACGCCCUGCCCAGAGAGGGAGAUUUCCAAUGACACAGAUAUGAAGCAAUGCAUCAAGUGUCUAGAUGACCAAUACCCAAACAGCAAAAGAGAUCACUGCCUGCCAAAGGUUGUAACUUUCUUGGCAUAUGAAGAUCCUGUGGGGAUGGUGCUUGCCUGUGCAGCUCUUUCCCUGUCUAUCCUCACAGCUGUGGUUCUUGGAGUCUUUGUGAAGCACAGAGACACUCCCAUAGUCAAGGCUAACAACCGAACUCUUAGCUACAUUCUGCUCCUGUCCCUCAUCUUGUGCUUCCUCUGCCCCCUGUUCUUCAUUGGCCAACCCAACACUGCCACCUGCAUCCUCCAACAAAUGACAUUUGGAGUGUUAUUUACUGUGGCUGUUUCUACUGUUCUGGCUAAAACCAUCACGGUGGUACUGGCUUUCAAGUCCACAAUGCCAGGGAUGAAGAUGAGGCAAUGGUUGCUAUCAGGGGCACCCAAUUCUAUCAUUCCCCUCUGCUCACUCGUUCAAGUGACUUUCGGUGUUGUCUGGAUGGUAAUCGCUCCCCCUUUCAUUGACACCGACGCACAUUCUGAGCCUACUCUCCUUAUCAUGGUUUGCAACAAGGGCUCUGUGAUUAUGUUCUACAUUUUCUUGGGCUACUUGGGCUCCUUGGCUAUGGGGAGCUUCACUUUGGCCUUCCUGGCCAGGAGCCUGCCAGACACGUUCAAUGAAGCCAAGUUCUUGACCUUCAGUAUGCUGGUGUUCUGUAGCGUUUGGAUUGCAUUCCUCCCUGUGUAUAACAGCACCAAAGGGAAGUUCAUGGUGGCUGUGGAGGUCUUUUCCAUCUUGGCUUCCAGUGCUGGGUUACUUGUAUGCAUUUUUGCCCCCAAGUGCUAUUUUAUUCUUCUCAAGUCAGAGAGGAAUAUCCUGCCAGGAUCAAGAAGUAAAGCAAAGUCUCGAUAAAAAGAAGCAGUAUAACCAUUUCAUGAAACAUUCUGAGAUUCCAAGAGAUGCUGCUCUUAAACUAGGGAAAAUAGCAGAAGCAAAGUGCAAGAAAUGAAUUCCCAGGGACAGUUGGAGAUGCUUGCAGUGGAAAUUCUAUGGAGGAAGAUGGAUGCCGUUGAGCGGUGUGGAAGGUGCAGACACACAGCGACAAUCAGAGACACCACCCACAACCCCUGCAGCCAGGAGCUUGAAGAGAUGCCAGCAUUGUAGAGCAAGGGGAGGGCAGACUGUGGCAGCCCUUGCCAAUGGUGAUACUGCCCAAGGGAGGGCCCUGUGUCCCACACUGUCUUUCAGUCCAGCCUGGAUCACUAGUGCGGGCAGAGUACCUGCCCAAUCCACGGAAAGAAAAGCAAAUUUCUUUUCCCCAUACUCCUAUAAGGACACCCAGCAACUGGCAGGAAGAGGGUGCCAUUUUGACACCAAUGGAUGCUGUGGCAGCUCAAGUGCAUGCCUCUGACCAGGGGAAUUGACCAGAGGGAAAAAGCUGUGUUCUCCACUGACUCUGCAUCUGGCUGGGAGGGUUGACAGGGAGCUGGGCACCAAUGUAGGACUGUGCGUGGUCCCCAUCCUCUCAGCAUAUCACAGGCUCCAAGGCUCAAACU